CAGUGGAAAUGGACAGUAUCAGAUUGCACCUCUUUGCCCUAAUUACCAGAGCUUUGCCUCAGCAGGCCGUCCUGGUUUGUUAACAGCAACAGCUCAUUAAACAUGGAUGAGGUGGUCUGAGGGGGCUCAGUAUAAAUACCUGCACACGCCCUGCUGGCGGCACACAGGUGGGACCCUGAGGAGGUGAACAGUCAUGACCUGCCAGGCCUUCAGCACCACUGAUUCCUUCACUACUCUGAGCGGAGACUCGGCCGCUCUGCCGCUGCUCAUGCAUCACACCGGAGCCGCAGACUGUCUGCCCGUCACCAGCCACACUGCCAACAUGAUGCCUUCAGGUCUGCCACUGGUCCAGUCGUCCAAACGCUCUCAUAUGCACCUGUCCGCUUCUGCUUUGGGCAAUGCAUCAGCCAGCCUGCACUACCCAAUGCCCCCAUGUCACUAUAGCAACCAGCAGACCACCUACGGCAUGAUGGCAGCACAGGAAAUGCUCUCUGCCAGCAUCUCCCAGACCCGCAUCCUGCAGACCUGCAGCGCUCCUCAUGCCAACAUGGUCAACGGAGCCAACUCACUGCAAGGAGCUCUGGCUUCACGCCUCUAUAAGUUCCCAGAGCACAGUUUGGGUGGGGGCUCCUGUGCUUUGACCCACAGUUUACCGCCGCUGCCCCAGGCCCUGCUCAUGGACGAGCCCACCCUAGGAGACAUCAAGCAGGAGCUGCGCAGGAAAAUCCGGCCCCUGGAAGAGCCGCCCGACAUGGACUCACCUCAGAUCCGUGAACUGGAGAAGUUUGCUAACGACUUCAAACUGAGGAGAAUCAAACUAGGUUACACACAGACCAAUGUUGGUGAAGCGCUGGCGGCUGUGCACGGCUCUGAAUUCAGCCAAACCACCAUCUGCCGCUUCGAGAACUUGCAGCUCAGCUUCAAAAACGCCUGCAAGCUCAAAUCCAUCCUGGCAAAGUGGCUGGAGGAGGCUGAGCAAGCCGGUGCUCUUUUUAAUGAGAAGAUGGGCAUGCAUGAGCGUAAACGCAAACGGAGAACAACCAUCAGUCUUGGGGCUAAGGAAGCCUUAGAAAGGAAUUUUGUGGAGAAGAGUAAGCCAUCAUCUCAGGAGAUUGUGCGGAUGGCGGAGGGUCUCCAUCUGGAGAAGGAGGUGGUGCGCGUUUGGUUCUGUAACCGCCGGCAGAGGGAGAAGAGGGUCAAAACCAGCCUACAUCACAGCUCCUUCAUGGCCAAAGAGACCGCAGCCUGUAGACCUUGAAGAUCCAGGGUCUCAGCGAUGCUGAUGUGUGACUAGCUACUGGCAAAAAAAAAAACACCACCAACCUUUGGCAGUGAGUGGGUUUAUUGUACCGAUUCACCAGCAGGAGUACUGGAUAUGCUGUAGGGACCCCAAAAAUUUAUUUGAUCACACUUAAGAAUGUCUGAAUCUUAUAUCAUCAAAUAUCAAACCAAAAUAUCAAAUCAGUUUGAAAAAGGUUGUAUUUAGAAGAUGCAUGAAGUCAGUUCUCCUCAAGUUCACACAGGAGUCCUAUCAGAGCAAUUAGAGGUGUGGAGAAUCACGUUAACUAAUUUGUGAAUAUAUGAUCCACUAACGUUUUACAAAUACUUAGUGCCACAAUACUAUUUCUUGUGAACAUCCAGUUUUAUUGUUUAAAUCCCGAAUUUCUGAUGACUUUUGUACAGAGCCCCGAACAUGACAUGCAGGAAGAAAUAGCUAUUAGUAAAUUUACUUACUAAUAAAUAGUAAAUCGAGGGAACGCAGUGGUUAUCGUGUGCAUGUUUUAGUUCAUUGAGGGAACGAAUUAGUAAAUUGUGCGGAAAAUUUAUUUAUUUUUUGUUGCAUGUCAUGUGCGGGGGUCCGUACUUUAGUUUUAUUUGAACAGGUCAUAAUAAAUGGCAGUCGGUGUCAGAUUAUGACAUUCAUAGAUUUAAAGGGGUGCUUUUAGUGUCCGAAUACAAUUUUUAUUUAAUUUAAUGUUUUUCAACUUUGACAGUUUGUUAAAUAUUGUGUUUAAAAGGGUUAAAAUAAAGUUAUAAUGCAGUGAUAUUUAUACAUUUGUGUCCAAAUUGUAUUUUAUUAUGUUUUUUUAAUGAAUAAGACCAUUUAAGCAACCCCUUCACUAGAAUUGAACCUUGAACUAUUAAAAGACAACAUUUUUCACAUUUAUUUUUAUAAAAUUGUUUUUGCUCUAAAAUGGGAUACGUGAUUUCUUUAUCACUAUUUUUGGACCUGAAGAUACAAUUUAAAAUUGCUUAUAAGGGCAGAAAAGCAUCUUGAUCCUUUUUAAAGUAUUUAAAAUAAUGUAUUAAUCAUUCAUAUAUUUAAAUGCAUUCCAAUCAAAGUUUAAUAUAUUAGCAAAAUAUGCAAAUAUUCUGAAAGCAUAUCCUGGAAAACGUGUCAUUGCACUGUAGAUU